AAAAGAGAGAGAGGGGGAGCAAUAGGCAGCACCCUUGUGAGGGGAAACGAGAGUCGGCUUCGUGGAGAGGAGAGAAGAAAAAAAGAGCUGGGGCGCAAACAAAAGAGAGAAUAUGGAUGGAGCAGAAAAAUGUCUGUUUGAAAAGGCAAGCGCAGCGGAGACUUUGGUCAUCCUGCACAUAGUCUACCCGUUUUUUGGAUGCCGUGCUUUGGAGCUGUUGCGCGGCGAGCUCUAAAGGCGGAACGUGGUUUUUAAUCCGUCUGUGGAUGUUGCCAGCUUGCGAUGGCUGUUGCAGGGCGAUGUAACUGCAUAAAAGAGAACGUGCCUCUUUGUUUAUGUUUCUUCAUUGUUCUAUUAAGUGUCCUUACAAAUGCACAAAUUCGCUACAGCAUUCAGGAGGAGUUGGAGAGCGGAACUGUCGUUGGGGAUCUUGUUCGGGAUCUCGGGCUGGAGCUGCGAAAGCUUUCGGCGCGUCGGAUUAGAAUCAGCUCCGACAGUGCGAGGCGAUACUUUAACAUCAACCACAAAACUGGUAAGCUUGUUAUAAGCGACCGGAUUGACCGCGAAACGCUCUGUGAAUUCAGCGGGACCUGCACGCUUAGUCUCGACGUGGUGUUAGAAAGCCCAUUUGAACAGCACAGCGUGGAUGUUGAUAUUCUGGAUGCAAAUGACAAUUCGCCGCUUUUCCCUCGAGACGAGUACCAGUUGGAGAUCUCGGAGGGCUCACAGCCAGGCGCGCGGUUUUCCAUUGAGGGCGCGCAAGAUUCUGACGACGCCUCAAAUUCCGUGCGCCAUUAUCGCCUCACCUCAAACGAACACCUGGCGCUCGACUCAACCAAACCACCUGCAGAUGGAAAACACAUAGAGCUCGUGCUGAAAAAACCUUUCGACCGCGAGCUUUUGCAGUCUCACCAGUUUCUAAUCACUGCUACUGACGGCGGAUCGCCUCCGCGCUCAGGCUCAGCCAAAAUCAACGUGCGCGUCUUGGAUACCAAUGACAACGUGCCAGUCUUCGACAGCUCCGUAUAUAAAGUGAAACUGCGGGAAAACUCUCCCGUUGGCGCGCUGGUGAUUAAAUUAAACGCCACAGAUAGAGAUGAAAGCUCCAACGGGGAGGUGUACUACUCUUUUAGCUCGUACACGCCAGAUAGAGUGAGGCAGGUGUUUUCUGUAGACACAGACAGUGGGGAAAUUCGAGUAAUGAGCAAUGUGGACUAUGAAGAAACCAACACCUAUGAGAUGUAUAUCCAGGCGGCAGAUCGAGGCCAAGGGGCCGUGGCAGUGCACUGUAAAGUGGUGGUGGAGGUGUUGGAUGUGAAUGAUAACCCUCCUGAGAUUGUGCUCUCCUCUCUCUCCAGCCCAGUUCGAGAGGACGCUCGGGCAGACACUGUGGUGGGUUUAAUAAGCAUAAAUGACAAAGACUCUGGACAAAACAAACAGGUCAGCUUGGAUAUCAUCCCCCCUGACCUGCCCUUUAAAAUCAAAUCAUUCCGAAAUCAUUACACCAUUGUUACCUCAGCCUUCCUGGACCGUGAGACUAUAUCAUCAUACAAUGUCACAGUUACAGCCAUGGAUGGUGGAACGCCACCUCUUUCAUCGUCAAUGACGAUACGAGUAGAAGUGGCAGAUGUCAACGACAAUCCACCACGUUUUAAACAGACUUCAUACACCGUUUACGUCUCAGAAAACAAUGCGGUCAGUGCACCUCUGUGCGUCAUCAAGGCAACGGACCCUGAUGCCGGAGAGAACGCUCGCAUCACGUACACCGUCCUCAAUGACAACAACCAUGGUGUUUCCGUGGCAUCAUACGUUUCUGUCAAACCUGCCACAGGUGAGGUGUACGCACUACGAUCGUUUGACUUUGAAAAGUUGCGUGAGUUUCAUUUCCAGGUGAAAGCUCAAGACAACGGUGUGCCUCCUUUGAGCAGGGUGGCAACUGUCUAUAUUUACAUCAUGGACACCAACGACCACAGCCCGAAGUUUGUUCGCCCCGCGGCGAACGGCUCGCACUCCACAGAGACCAUUUUGCGUAACUCGGAGGCAGGCGUCCUUGUUUCACGUGUGCUGGCUUGGGACUUAGAUGCUGGGGAAAAUGCCUGGUUGCUAUACAGCCUCCAUCACCCGCCUGAACUGGACUUGUUUAAGGUGCACGAGCACACAGGUGAGAUCCGAACUACACGGAGAGUCUUCGAGGACAAUUCCACUGUCUUUAGCCUGACAGUGCAUGUGCAAGAUCAUGGUUUGCCUCCUCGCUCCGCAUCUACAACAAUCACCGUCGGAGUCAUGGAGCUCCCACCCAAAGUGGCCCCAGACCCAAAACGCAUAAUCAGACCACAUGGCACAAUGAUGUUCUCUGAAGUGACCCUGUAUCUUCUCAUUGCCCUCAGUGCUACCACCUUUGUUUUCUUGCUAACUAUCUUCGUCCUAGCAAUUGUUCGCUGCCAUGCCUACUGCAGCCAACCAGACGCUUGCUCCUGCUCGCCUUGCUGUGUGUCCAAGAAGAAAAAGAAGUCAUCGAUGAAGAAAGCAACCAAAGAUGGUGGUGGUGGAGGUGGUGGCGGAGCAGGUGGAGCCACAGGUGGAGGUGGGGGCGCUGCUGGUGGGGUCACGUUCCAGCAACAGUCUGAGGUGAUGCGGAGAGAUCUGAAAGUGGAGCCACGAUACAUUGAAGUCCGAGGAAACGGCUCUCUAACUAAAACGUACUGCUAUAAGACCUGCCUGACCGCAACAUCAGGAAGUGACACUUUUAUGUUCUACAAUACGGGCCGACCGAUGAGUGGGACUUGGGGUUCAGGGGCAGACCGUUUCUUUACAGGACAGAGCGGGCAGUUUGUGCGCAGACUGAGCAUGCCCGACGCUACGGCAAUACAGCCUAAAGUUCCAAGUGCAGACUGGAGAUAUUCAGCGUCUCUCAGAGCAGGAAUGCAAAGUUCGGUCCAUAUGGAGGAGUCAUCCGUGAUGCAGGGUGCUCAAGGAGUUCUGGUUCAGAACUGGCCCACCGUCUCCAGCGCUCCUGACAAUGAGGGUGGAGAGGUCUCUCCACCCGUAGGAGCCGGAGUGGACAGCAACAGUUGGCAUUUCAGAUACGGGCCGGGUCCCGGAGGCCCUCCGCACCUGAAACCCGGUGAGAUGCCUCCUGAAGCCUUCAUCAUCCCUGGAUCGCCGGCUAUUAUUUCCAUCAGACAAGGACAAGACGGAGAUGACAAGAGCGACUUUAUUACGUUUGGAAAAAAGGAAGAGAAGAAGAAGAAGAAAAAGAAGAAGGAGAAGAAGGAUAAGCGUGAGAAAGGGAAAGAUGAUGAUGAUGAUUAGAGAGACAGAGGAAGGAGCUAAAGAAAGAGCUGAUUUUUUUUAAAGACAGAAGUCUCAACAAAAGUCUGAAGAACAAAACGUGUAUUUAUUAAUCCUAAAAUCCAUUUUUGGGGCUCAAGCAAACAUUGAACACUCUACUUGAAAAUGUUGGAGUAAUUUUCUAUCAUUAUCCAAUCUCGUUUGGCUUUACACUAAUAGCUGGCAUUCCCCUUUCUUUUCAAUUGAUUAAUCUCGUCUUGAUGAGCUGUUAUAUGAUUGAUUAAUAUUCACCCAAGCCAAUAUUCAGCAUUAAAUGUCCUUCAGACUCAUGUUGGUACAACUGUCUUAUUAAUCCUCUUGGUUUUUGUUUUCCAAUCUUUUUGAUAGGGAGACAAAAUCUGAUUUGAAAAGUUUGUAAGCCGUGUGCCGCUUCAGGUGUGCUAUUGUAGUAAAA